AUGAUGUCUGAUGUUGUUACAUCCGAUAUAGAGCGAUUUAAAGCGGCACAGACAGGCAAAGACCACCGAUUUUGUGAUUUAGUUUAUCUCGUGCGAAGAUCGUACAACACUCUAAAGGAAGUGAAACGCACCCAAGAUAUCGACAACACCCUUGUAAUAUCACUGAUCAAACACACGAUGACAAACGAUGACGUGAAAAUUUGGGCCCGCCACAUUCACUCACAGAAGUUGGAGCCUUCAAUGAAAAAUUUGCCUAAAUGAAUGGACGAAGAAAUGACUGCAAGGCUUCGAUCUGGAGCAACGAUACGCAAAACUGGCAGUACCACUCGUCCAUCCCUCAAUUUACUGGGUGCUGAUGGAAAUGGGAAUUCCUCCAGUGAACGUGACAAAAAUCAGAAGCAGUGCUAUGUAUGUAAAGCAAAUCACUACGUUGAUGAGUGCCCACGAUUUAAAGCAAUGACGCCCAAUGAACAGUUGGAGGUUGUUAAGGAUUAAAAAGCGUGUUUUCAUGUUGGAAGUGCGGUAAAGAUCAUACAUCCGCAAAUUGCCUGCGCAGAAAGACAUGUUCUGAAAAGAAUAGCGAUGGCACAGCAUGUAAGAAGUCCCACCAUAAACUCCUGCACUUAUAUAGUGGAGAAGCACCUGAUUCAGUACAAGUCUCCGCGCUACAGGACAAGGGUUUGGCGUUACUUUGGGUAGUAACAGGAGCAAUUAAAGCACACUCCAACGCAGAUGCAUUCACAGAAGUCACCAUAUUUUUUGACUGGUGCUUAAAUACCCAUGAUACGUAG